AAGAGGCAGCCCAGAAUGAAGAAGGCAAGCAGGAGUGUCGGCUCAGUGCCUAAAGUGUCUGGGAUAAGCAAAACACAAACAGUAGAAAAAACUAAACCUGAAAACAGCUCUUCAGCAUCUACAGGAGGCAAACUCGUAAAACCUGGAACAACAGCAUCAUUGUCAAAGACCAAGAGCAAUGAUGACCUCUUAGCUGGAAUGGCUGGAGGGGUGACAGUGACUAAUGGUGUUAAAGGAAAGAAAAGCACCUGCCCUUCUGCUGCAUCUUCAGCAUCGGUCCCUGCCAUGACCACCGUGGAGAAUAAAUCCAAGAUCAGCACAGGCACAAGUUCUUCAACCAAGCGGAGCACUUCUAUAGGUAAUAAAGAAUCCAGUUCUACUCGAGAAAGAUUACGCGAACGUACCCGACUAAACCAGAGCAAAAAACUACCCUCUGCGGGUCAAGGAGCCAAUGAUGUGGCAUUGGCCAAGCGUUCCCGCAGUCGCACCACAACAGAAUGUGAUGUUCGCAUGAGCAAGUCUAAGUCGGACAAUCAGAUCAGUGACAAAGCUGCUUUGGAAGCCAAAGUGAAAGAGCUGCUCACGUUGGCAAAAACAAAGGAUGUGGAAAUCUUACAUUUGAGAAAUGAGCUCCGAGACAUGCGGGCCCAGCUGGGCAUUAAUGAAGAUCAUUCAGAGGGUGAUGAAAAGUCUGAGGAGAAGGAAGCCGUCAUUGCUCACCAGCCAACCGAUGUUGAGUCCACCUUGUUGCAGUUGCAGGAACAGAAUACUGCCAUCCGCGAAGAACUGAACCAGCUAAAAAAUGAGAACAGAAUGUUAAAGGACAGGUUGAAUGCCCUGGGCUUUUCCCUAGAGCAGAGGCUAGAUAAUUCUGAAAAGCUAUUUGGUUAUCAGUCCCUGAGCCCAGAAAUCACCCCUGGCAAUCAGAGUGAUGGAGGAGGGACCCUGACCUCUUCGGUGGAAGGCUCUGCCCCUGGGUCUGUGGAGGAUCUCUUGAGUCAGGACGAGAACACCCUCAUGGACCAUCAGCACAGCAACUCAAUGGACAAUCUAGACAGUGAGUGCAGUGAGGUGUACCAGCCCCUCACAUCGAGUGACGACGCCCUAGAUGCGCCAUCGUCCUCAGAGUCCGAAGGCAUUCCAAGCAUAGAGCGCUCCCGGAAGGGGAGCAGCGGCAACGCGAGUGAAGUGUCCGUCGCUUGCUUGACAGAAAGGAUACACCAGAUGGAAGAGAACCAACACAGCACGAGUGAGGAACUUCAGGCAACUCUGCAAGAGCUAGCUGAUUUGCAGCAGAUAACCCAAGAACUGAAUAGUGAAAAUGAAAGGCUUGGAGAAGAGAAGGUUAUUCUUAUGGAGUCUUUAUGUCAGCAGAGUGAUAAGUUGGAACACUUUAGCCGACAGAUUGAAUAUUUCCGCUCCCUUCUGGAUGAGCAUCACAUUUCUUAUGUCAUAGAUGAAGAUGUAAAAAGCGGACGCUAUAUGGAAUUGGAGCAACGUUACAUGGAUCUAGCUGAGAAUGCCCGUUUUGAACGAGAGCAGCUUCUUGGUGUCCAGCAGCAUUUAAGCAAUACUUUGAAGAUGGCAGAACAAGACAACAAGGAAGCUCAAGAAAUGAUAGGGGCACUCAAAGAACGCAAUCACCAUAUGGAGCGCAUCAUUGAGUCUGAACAGAAGGGUAAAGCAGCCUUGGCAGCCACGCUAGAGGAGUACAAAGCCACAGUGGCCAGUGAUCAGAUAGAAAUGAAUCGUCUGAAGGCCCAGCUGGAGAAUGAGAAGCAGAAGGUGGCAGAGCUGUAUUCCAUCCAUAACUCUGGAGACAAAUCUGAUAUUCAAGAUCUCCUGGAGAGCGUCAGGCUGGACAAAGAAAAAGCAGAGACUUUGGCUAGUAGUCUGCAGGAAGAUCUGGCUCACACCCGAAAUGAUGCCAAUCGUUUGCAGGACACCAUUGCAAAGGUAGAAGAUGAAUACCGAGCCUUCCAAGAAGAAGCUAAGAAACAAAUAGAAGAUUUGAAUAUGACAUUAGAGAAACUAAGAUCAGAGCUGGAAGAAAAAGACACAGAGAGGAGUGACAUGAAAGAAACCAUCUUUGAACUUGAAGAUGAAGUAGAACAACAUCGAGCUGUGAAACUUCAUGACAACCUCAUUAUUUCCGAUUUAGAGAAUACAGUUAAAAAACUCCAGGACCAAAAACAUGACAUGGAAAGAGAAAUCAAGACACUCCACAGGAGACUUCGGGAAGAAUCUGCAGAAUGGCGGCAGUUUCAAGCUGAUCUCCAGACUGCUGUGGUCAUUGCAAAUGACAUUAAAUCUGAAGCCCAAGAGGAGAUUGGUGAUCUGAAGCGCCGGUUACAUGAGGCUCAAGAAAAAAAUGAGAAACUCACAAAAGAAUUGGAGGAAAUAAAGUCACGCAAGCAAGAGGAAGAGCGAGGCCGGGUGUACAACUACAUGAAUGCUGUUGAGAGAGAUUUGGCAGCCUUAAGGCAAGGGAUGGGACUGAGUCGAAGGUCCUCAACUUCCUCUGAGCCAACCCCAACGGUAAAAACCCUCAUCAAAUCCUUCGACAGUGCAUCGCAAGUACCAAACCCUGCUGCAGCUGCAAUUCCUCGAACACCUCUGAGUCCAAGUCCUAUGAAAACCCCUCCUGCAGCAGCUGUCUCCCCUAUGCAGAGACAUUCUAUAAGUGGUACAAUCUCUGCAUCCAAACCCUUGACAGCGCUGUCAGAUAAGAGACCAAACUAUGGGGAGAUCCCUGUUCAAGAGCAUCUAUUAAGAACAUCUUCAACCAGCCGACCUGCUUCUCUGCCAAGAGUACCUGCCAUGGAAAAUGCCAAGACCAUCUCAGUAUCUCGACGAAGUAGUGAAGAGAUGAAACGAGACAUCAAUGCACCCGAGGGAGCAUCGCCGGCCUCUCUUAUGGCUAUGGGAACCACGUCUCCACAGCUUUCCCUGUCUUCCUCUCCCACGGCGUCCGUCACCCCCACCACCCGAAGUCGGAUAAGGGAAGAAAGGAAAGACCCUCUGUCCGCAUUGGCGAGAGAAUAUGGAGGAUCAAAGAGGAAUGCUUUGCUGAAGUGGUGUCAGAAGAAAACAGAAGGCUAUCAGAAUAUUGACAUUACAAACUUCAGCAGCAGUUGGAAUGACGGGCUGGCCUUCUGUGCUCUCCUGCAUACGUACCUUCCGGCCCACAUUCCAUAUCAAGAGCUGAACAACCAAGAUAAGCGAAGGAACUUCACCCUGGCCUUUCAGGCAGCUGAGAGCGUCGGCAUCAAAUCCACACUGGACAUUAAUGAAAUGGUCCGGACCGAGCGGCCUGAUUGGCAAAGCGUGAUGCUUUACGUGACAGCAAUCUACAAGUACUUUGAAACCUGA